AGAAAGCCAGAAGCCUCCGCCUCCCCCUUUUCUCCGCGGGGCUUUCCCCCUCACAAAUCCCAACCCCCUUUUCCCUCCCUUUCUUCCCUCACCGCUGCUCACUCACCCCCACCAGUCAGCGAUCUCACACAGUAACAACUCUCUCUCUCUCUCUCCACCUUUUUCACUCCCGUUGCUGGCUGCUUUGCUCCUCUGCUCUCCCUCUCCUCUCUCUCCUCCGCUGCCUUUAUCUCACUUCGCCGCCACUCCCAGUCCCAGUCGUCCCUCUCUAUCUCCAUCUCUCUAUCUCUGCACUGCACUGCUCACAGUCACAGCUAUAGAUUCUAGAAGCCAACAAAAACAGACGGGAGCGGAGAAUCGUGCUCCGGGAAAACAAGAGAAUCCACCUCCUCUCCCCUCCCCUCCCCUUCACUCUCCAGAUCUACGCCGGCGGCGGCUGGUGCGUCCGUGCUGCUCCGCGGAGGCGGUGCUGCGCUGCUAGCUGGUCGUCCGAGAGAGCCCGGCCCCCGACCGAGCGAUGGGGGCGGCGCCGGUCCUCGUCCUGCUGCUGCUGGUCGCCGCUGCCGCAUUGCCGCGGCGGGCAAGCGCGGCCACCGACGCCGGCGACGUUUCUGCUAUAAAUGGACUUUAUGUUGCACUUGGAUCACCAAAGCUACCUGGAUGGUCUGCUAGUGGUGGAGAUCCCUGUGGUGAGAGUUGGCAGGGUGUCACAUGUACCGGCUCAAGUAUAACCUCAAUAAUUUUCAAUGCUGCAAAUUUGGGUGGACAGCUAGGCAGCCUGGGGAACUUCACUUCAAUAACUGAAAUAAAUCUUAGCAACAACAAUAUCGGUGGAAGCAUACCGGAAGAUCUACCUGUCACACUGCAGAAUAUCUUUCUCUCAGAUAACCAACUAACUGGAAGCAUUCCAGUGUCAUUAUCAAAACUCCAUAGUCUAACAGCCAUGUCACUGAAUGAUAACCAUCUAGAUGGAAAACUACCAGAUACAUUUGAUUCCCUCACAGAACUUGUAAAUCUUGAUAUUUCUUCCAACAACUUCAGUGGUCCAUUACCACCUUCAUUGGGAAGCUUGACAUCACUGACUACAUUGCACAUGCAGGAUAAUCAACUAUCUGGGACCCUUGAUGUCUUGCAGGAUCUCUCCCUCAAAGAUUUAAAUGUCGAGAAUAAUAUGUUUUCUGGACCAGUUCCUCCGAAGCUGCUCAACAUACCAAACUUCAAAAAUGAUGGGAAUCCUUUUAAUACCAGCAUAGCUCCCUCCACCUCACCCUCUUCACCUACAGGCUCACCAACACAAACACCAUCGUCCUCUUCAUCCCCUUCAGGAUCUCCUUCACCAUCUAAUGCAGCAUCAAACUCUUCUAGUGGAUCUACUGCUCGAAAUAGCAAUUCUACGUCAUCCAAGAAGAAGAAGCCUUCAACCCUCAGAACUGUUGGAUAUGUUCUUCUUGCUAUUGUGCUAUUCAUAGUUCUUGCGCUACUGGUAGUAUUUUGCUUGUCCAAGUAUCAAGAAAGACAGACUAGACGUGAUUAUUCCAUGGCUCAAUUAGGUAGGCAUCAGAGGGCUGAGGAGCCAAAAAGCAAGCAAGCUUCGGUGCAGUCUAGACAUGAUGCCAAAAAAGGUUUAUCUGAAGUUCCUGAAAGAAAGAAACCCCGUGAAAUAAAUUUAGCUGUACCAGUUGCCAUUGAGAAGCCUCCUGAAAAGAGAAAAGAGCAUGUAAUUAAUUUGGAGCGAACAGAAUCAGAGAUCUUUGCUGCAGCGCCUCCUCCACCUCCACCUCCACCUCCUCCACCUCCACCUCCGCCACCACCACCCUCAACACCGCCACCUCCAUCUCCACCUCCACGAUUGCCAUCACCACCUCCUGCUGAAAAAGUAACUGUAAAUCCCAUUGUACGUCCAGUAAAAAGAGUUAACACUCCGCCAAGGACUGGUCCCUCGACAUCUGCAACAUCCUUUUCCGUGGCAUCACUUCAGCAAUAUACAAAUAGUUUUCAAGAGCAAAAUUUGAUAAGGGAGAGUAGAUUGGGAAAAGUUUAUCUGGCAGAACUUCCUGAAGGGAAAUUACUGGAAGUUAUGAAGAUUGAUAAUGCUAAUGGAAGAAUACCAGUAGAUGACUUUCUAGAGUUGGUUGCUUGUAUAUCAGAUAUUAGACACCCUAACAUUCUUGAAUUAGUUGGAUACUGUGCUGAGUAUGAACAGAGGUUACUUGUGUAUAACCACUUCAGUAGAAAAACAUUACUUGAUGUACUACAUGAAGGGGAGGAUAUUGAUAAUCCAUUAUCCUGGAAUGCUCGCCUCCAGAUUGCUCUUCAUGCAGCAAAAGCCUUAGAGUAUCUCCAUGACACCUGUGAACCUCCUCUAGUACACCAGAAUUUUGAUCCAGCCAACGUGCUUCUCGAUAAUAGAUGUUCAGUACGUGUUGCUGAAUGUGGGCUAGCAGAAUUGAUGGCGUCUGGUUCUGUUACACAGCUAUCAGGUCGUAUGCGGGCUCUACUCAAUUAUGAAGCACCUGAAAUCCAUGACUCUGAGCCUUUUACUCAGCGCAGCGACGUAUAUAGUUUCGGUGUGGUGAUGCUAGAACUUCUUACUGGUCGUAAGCCAUAUGACAGCUCUCGUCCACGUGCUGAACAACAUCUUGUUAGAUGGGCUGAUUCUCAGCUUCAUGACAUGAAGUCCCUGUCAGAGAUGGUUGAUCCAUCUAUCCGAGGAGAGUGUUCCGUGAUACUAUUGUCAUGUUUUGCAGACAUCAUCAGUCGGUGUAUUCAGCCGGGACCAGAAUUCAGGCCAGCAAUGUCUCAAAUCGUCCAAGACCUAGCUAGGAUUGUAGGUGCUAGUAGUGAGGUAUCAGAGUGACAAAUAAAGGAGGAACAGUAAAAUAUCUAGCUUGCCAGUGGCGUGGCCAGCGAAGAUCCCUAGAUCCAUAGCGCAGUGCCAGGGGCACUCUAUCUAUCAGCAUUUAUAUUGGACGAGAUUGCGGCUAGUGUACAUGCCAUUUUGGAGCCUCAUUUACUUCUGGAAAGAUGUAGACUGGUAGUAUGGCACAACCAGUGAGAUAUGGCUUCUCAUUGUUGCCGAGCAGAUUCAUGUGCUCUAGACAUGAUAGUUUCACCUGUAGGCAGUAUUUCUUGUAACUAAUUCUAAUUUUUAUUACUUUAUUACAUUAUGGCUAGCUAUGUUAAAUAUGAUGCCUUUACCAUGUCUUGAGACU